AUGGCAGUGUUAGCAGAUCAGCAAUUGUUUGAACGCUCCUGUCAGGACACGGCCAAAUUCCCCCAAAAUCUCGUUUACCCGGAUACUUACGACCAUCUUCUUGUAUCCUAUCUCGAACGACUGCAAAAGGAAGAGAGUAGAUUGUUUCACGAUGAACCGAAAGCAGAAGUGUCUAUCAGAGACUUUGAUGAUUCUUCAAGAGUCUUUGAGAAUAUCACCGUUCGAAGUCAUAUUGAACUGAAAGAUUAUAUUUGUGGCGAAAAACUUUUCAUACAUGCAAAAUUCUCGAGAGACAAGUUAAAGGUCACUCGCGAAAUGCUUAUGUUUCUCUUCACGUACCAUCAAAUCAUGCCUGUAUUUCUCGACUUCCUCUUCCCGUUUGGGAAGCAACAUUACGCAAAAGAGAUGAACUUUAGUGGAUUUCAUUUUGAAUCGCGUUUAUCAUUGCACGAUGAAUCCUUAAAAUUAUUACAUCUUGGACGUUCUGGACGAGAUUAUCGAAUGUGUUAUAACCUCAAAGCAGUUGAACCUUCACCGAGCCAAGAGGAGUGGCCGUGGUCGAUACGGCAGACAGCAACCUAUCACUGCUUUGAUGUUGAGACAGGAAAAGCAUUGUGGAUUUGCAUCAAAGGUGAUCAACUUAUGAAGAAACGAGUAGAGGCAUCGACCAAAACUAAGGGAUCUCAAAACAUGAGCCGUUUUGAUACGCGGAUCAGCGCUUUUUCUUCAUCAAUCGCGACACAUUUGCUAUUAUUUGAUUGGUGCCGUGAGCACUGGCGAUGGUAUAUUGCAUUCCUCGAAGAAUCUCUCCAGAAAUCAACGAGAGAUACGCUACUUCUCUUUGAGAAACCUCGAACGAACACCCAUGUAUCGAUCCAACGGGAGGAUACACAGCGCACUUUAAUAGCAAAACCGUCACGACGUCACAGCUCAAUAUUGAAAAGGAAGCCUCCUGUUCUUCCGGCGCCAAGGCCUAUUGAGCUCCCAAAAUACACUCCUACCGAAAAGUUACUUCCUCCGCCAAUACCGGAACCUAUUUCAUCCUCCGCACCUCAAGAGCCACUCGAGGAAGAUGGGGAAUUUUCAUUUGGGGACCUCAAACGAGUGCAACAUCUCGAGGAAAAAGCAAAUGAGAUGUUGCAAAUACUAGACUCAAAUAUUGCAGUGCUCUCAGAGAUAAAAGAACACUAUCAAAUACUCAUUUCUUCCUCGGACUUCCCAGCUGAGAUCAGAGAAGGAUGCGCGAGAGACAUCGCGAAAUUCGAGAGGACUACAAGUAGCGUCAUCAAUGAAUUGAGGAAACAGCAAUCGGGGACUAGCUCGCUUCUGAACCUAUUGAAAGAGAGGAAAAGUCUCUUAUACGGGAUUCUCCAAUUCAAAAACAUGGAAUCCAAUAAACUCUUCGCCAGCCGUGCACAGCUAUCCACCGCAAACAUGGAGACCAUGACAGAGAGUAUGCAUCAAAUUGCGAUCAAGACCAAGAAAGAAACGGUUUCAAUGAGGAUCAUCACUCUUGUAACUCUCUUCUUCCUCCCUGGUACAUUCAUCUCCACAAUCAUGUCCACGGACAUUGUCCAAUACAAAAUCUCCGACAAUGGCAAAUCUCAGGAAAUAUUCCAGCUCGGCGCCUUGCAGCUUUAUCUAGCGAUAACGCUACCGCUUAUGUUUAUCACUUUUGCAAGUUGGUAUGGGGUUUAUUAUUGGGUUGAUUGGAAGGAGAAGGCUAAGGAGAGGGUUAAGCGAAUGAGAGGUGGGGUGUAA